GCUUUCAAUCGCCUCUCUUUCAACUAAAUUGAGGAAGCUUACAGUACUGAUUCCUUUAUGAGAACGUGGUGAAGUUCCCAUAACUUACGAUGUUUUAACAGAAUUGUCAUCAGACUCCUGUGACGGAACAAUAUGUCUUUUUGUCUGUUGCUGGAUUUGUCUUGGAGACUGCUGUGGACCAAGAGGCAUCUCUUUAUUUCCUCUUUUCUCAUUUAGUCAAUCAAUGAAUGCAGACCGGUUCUUGAAACUCUGUUGGCAUGCCAGGACAAGAUAAGGAAUGUGUGAGCUUUGCGCUUGGAAGACCUUGAUCCCCUUGGCCUGGGCAUGCCGACAAGAGUUUCAACGAUCGAUUCCUGUGUGUGAGACUGAAGCUAACUUUAAAGAAGGAACCUCUGAGCACAGUGAACAGUGUUUUACAGGUUUUGUUUCCCAAUCCCCUGCCUAAAUGUCCCCAUUCCCUAAAUGUCCUGUAACCCUCUCCUUUUUUCACUUUCAUGUCGUUUAAUCUCCAAAGGAAAGAGUUAGUUUGUCUGCAUGCUGUCAUGCUAUGAUAAUGCGGCCAAUUUCAUCAUUUUGAAAGCUCACCUAGAUUAUCUCUUCCCUGCGAAUCGAUAGCUUAGCCUCUGCUCCACCUGAUCAUUUCUCUUUCUUUAUUCAAUGGGCCAGUUGCUCUGGUAACAGAAUCAUGUUUUGAUGCUUGGUUCUAGUAGAUUAGCUCUAAAUAAGAAAGUCUGUCAUCAGUCCCAACAGCAACUCUCUACCUUGAAUAUUAACCGAGAUAUCCCGCCUUGAAAAACUCGAUUUAUGACGUCAUCCACUGCGGUAGUGCAUAACAUGAUACGUCCUACAAUGGUGGAUGACAUCAUAAAUCGAGUUUAGGCGAGAUACCUCGGUUAAUAUUCAACGUAGAAACUUGCUGUUUGGCCAGAUCUUACCCGCCCGGCAAGUGGUUGCCUGAAGUAGAUGCGGAAAUGUUGUCACAAUGUAACUGCCAAAAAUAAUGUCGCGGCAACGUUGCAGCAACGUUGUGGCAAUGUUAUUUUUGGCCGUUGCCGGACGGGUAUCAUUUUUAGUUGAUCUGCAUGAGUUAAUAAGUAUCAAAACUCGAUUCUAAGACCAGCACAACUGACCCAUUCUUCCAGUCCCAUGUUUUAUUUCCAUUGUUUCAAGUCUGAAUUUUUUCGCAAUUACCUGUUUACUCUGCUCACUAGAGGUGUUGUCAGCCAAGUAGGCACUUGUUUACAUUCCACUUGGAAGCAAUUAAUAGACGCUGUUAGUGGCGAUGUCAUCAUAUGGAUUCUCCAUUAUAUCAAAUUGGAUCCAAAUAAUAACAUUGGAGUAACCUCUUUCAAUGCUACUAAUGCGAUUAAAUUGAUAAAUAUCGCUUUUUUGUGAUGUGCCACCAAUAGCGUCUAUUGUGAUGCAAUUGUCCAACAGCAAUAGGGGAUUGACGGCAGCCUGACUUUAAGCUUAUAGUCAAUCCUCGAUUCCUGUUGGACGACUGCAUUGUAAUUGCUUGCAAACGAUAUGUGUUCAAGUGCCAACUUAGCUGACGACACCUCUACCUCAAGUUAGCAGCAUUACUUUUGAUAGUUAAGCACAAGUUUUUCCUACCUCUUGAAGGCAUAAAGUUGUUUGACCAAUUUUAUCUACUCUUAACUGUCAACCUUCUCUGGUAUUGAAUCUUGCAACACUCAAGAAUAUUUAUUUUUGGUUUACAGUGUACUCUCUGUUCUUAAUCUAAUAGAGUGGAAUGAACUGUUGGAAGAUGGCUUGGAACAUGCGGUCAUGCUGUACACAAGGCGAUGUUGCUCUGGAGCCAUACCGCAAUCAAAGUCCAAUGAGCAGCCGAACUGGGUGGAAAUCUAUGAAAAGACUGUUGAAGUAUUAGGUCCUGAAGUGAACAAGCUGCUUAAUAUCAUGUAUUUUCAGCGAAAAGCUAUUGAAAGAUUUUGUGCAGAGGUAAAAAGGCUGUGCCAUGCUGAAAAAAGGAAGAAUUUUGUGUCUGGAGCCUACUUGCUCACCCUAGGAAAAUUUAUCAGUAUGAAUGCGGUGCUAGAUAAACUGAAAAACAUGAAAUCAUGUGUGAAAAAUGAUUAUUCUACCUAGUGUCGUGCCGCCCAGUUCUCGAAAGUUAUGGCAGAUUCACACACCCUGCAAGAGUCGCAGAAUUCAUCCAUGUUUCUCGCUUCACAGAACAAAAUUCGAGACACGGUGAAAGAGAAUUUGGAAAAAAUAAUCGGUUACAAAGAGCUUCUGUCCGAUGUUGUCAAUCUGUGUGUGCACAUGUUCGAAACAAAGAUGUACCUGACACCCACCGAAAAGCACAUGCUGGUUAAAGUUGUCGGAAAAUCAGAAGCUACAUUUCGUUCGUGUGUUAGUUAUUCGCUUGGUUUUUGUCUGUUUUGCUAACUUAAUAAAUUGGAAGAUGCAAAUAUCCAGUUGGAUGCGAAUAUUAAGUACUUUCCAAUGCGUGGGAGGAGGACAAGCUGGGGCCGUGGGCAUGUAGGACCACCCACCAAAAUAAUUGCUCCACAACCUGCACAGCAACCUCCACUGCAGCCUCUACUGCAACCAGCACCUGCAUCGAUUCCUCCACAGGAGCCAUGAUGUCUGGAAUGAUGUGCUUGAAUUAAAAUUCAACCCAACUGGUCAAUGUAAAGCUCCCCUAGUCCCAGUCGAUCAACACAGCUCAUACUACGAUGGAAUAGAAGGCUGCGGGGUGCCGUGUGAUGAGCCGAUGCUCACACCUGAAGAGUUGAGCCAGGUUCGUCAGUGGGCAACAGUUGGUGCCAUCAUAUCGGGUCUCUUCAAUGGCUUCACUGUGAUCACAUUUUUACUGGAUUGGAAAUCAUCAAAUAAAUACCCUGCGUUGGUGGUGUUCUACAUUAAUCUUUGUUUUUUGAUAGUCUGCAUGGGCUGGUUGUACCCUGUCCUUUUCAAUUCUCAGAAGGACAUAAUUUGUCGCAAAGACAAAACUCUCAGGACCUCCGAGCCAAGUGUUGGAGAAAAUCUCUCUUGUAUAGUCAAUUUUGUCCUCGUAUAUUACUUCCUGAUCGCAAGUAUUGUAUGGUUCGUCAUCCAGACUUAUGCUUGGCAUAUAAUUUUCCAAGCUCUUGGAAAAAUUCAAUCGAAGAUUGAUAAACAAGGGGCUUAUUUUCAUUUGGCAGCAUGGUCCCUGCCACUCGUUCUGACCAUUACGGUCAUGGCUCUGAGUAAAGUAGAUGCAAGCAGUGUUUUUGGUAUCUGUUUUGUUGGCGGGCAAAAUCCUAUCGUAAGAAUUGUUUUUCUUUUGGUUCCUUUAGCUGUCGCCCUACUCAUCGGUGGAUUUUACCUGGGUGAAGCACUCCUGACAUUGAUUCGAUUAAUAAGAGGUAGCAAAGAAAUAAUCUGUGAGAGAGCCACUCGGAAGAUUCGUGAUGUGAUCGUGAAAAUGUUGAUCUUCAUGAUUUUCAUCAUUUUGUUGGUGUCAAUAACAUUGAUCUGUCAUAUGUAUCAGUUUGAACACGUGGAAUCUUGGAAACUAAGCUUUCGUCAAUAUAUCGUAUGUCAGCUUGGAAUAUCUUUUGACAGUUAUGUAUUGGAAGAAAAAUGUCGCAUGAAGGAGCACCCGAGCGUCUUCAUAUUGCAGUUACAGGUCCUAGCCCUGUUUUCUACCGGUGUUCUAAUGUCCAUGUGGGUUUGGAAUAAAUCGUCAUUUGUCACGUGGGAGCGUUUUUUCUCCAAGUAAGCCUUCAGCUCCAUC